AUGGUCGCCAUCCGCAACAUCUUCACUGCCGCUCUGGCUCUCGCUGCUCCCAUCUCUGCAGCUCUCACUCCUGCCCAGAUUGUCGAUAACAUCAAGAUGCUCACUACAAAGAGCCAGGCUCUCCAGGGACCUGCUCAGUCCAUUACCAUCAUCAACGGACCUCUCAUCGUCAUUGGCCAGGGACCAUUCCCCCAGAUCAUCGCUGGUUUCACCGACAUCGUCACCACUACCACUACUGCCAUCUCUCAGAUGCAGGGCACUCAGCCUGUCAAGGCUGGUGCCGACGCUGACGCCAUCUUCGACGCAUUCCGCGAAUUUGUCCGCGUCCACCAAGUUCUCUUGAACAUCCUCAUCGGCAAGGCUGGUCUCUUCACCACUAUCCCCUUCAUCGGUCAGCCUGUUGCAGCUGUCCUCAGGCAGGUCGAGGGCGUUGUCGACACCAUCGCUUUCGGCAUCAUCGACCUCGUCGAGUCCCGUGCUGCUGACCUCCAGAGGGAGGCCAACAACCUUGGCGCCACCCUUGACAUUUGCAUCAACUCCUACGACGGUCUCUCGACCAAAUAA